AUGUCGACCAAGUCGUACCCUCAUGUUCUCGUUGUAGGGGCUGGCAUGAGCGGGCUUACGCUCGCACACCAACUCAAGACAGCCAACAUAUCCUUUUCCAUCUUUGAGCGCGACCCAACCAGCGAUGCUCGAACUCAGGGCUGGGCACUCUCACUCUUCGGGCCAGCACUGGCAGAUCUGGUGGAGUCGAUGCCGGAGGAAAUAGGCCCCGUUGACCAGACGAGCCAUUUGCUUCCCCUGGAUCUUCCAGCCCAGUUUGUAUUUUAUGAUAUCACUAGGCCUGGAAUGCGUGCUGGGGUCAUUAGCGAUGAGAGCGGAAAGAUCUUACGCGCCAACCGGACGCGGCUUAGGAACUGGCUACUCCAGGGGAUUGACGUCAAGUACGGCAAACAACCAGCGAGGAUUGAGGAAGCUGACGACAAGGUGACGGUACAUUUUAGCGACGGCACUUCUGAGACGGGCGACUUUCUUGUCGGUGCUGAGGGAACGCGAAGCAUGGUCCGGAAGCACAUAUUGCACGGCCAGGACAUUAUGAAGCCACUGGCACUCGGCUCUCUGGUUGGCGAAGUAGCGCUCAGCGGUGACGACUUCAAGCGCCAGCUCGCACUAGCGCACUCGGGAUACAUAGUCAUGAACUCGACACUGGGAAGCGAUGACCAGAGUGCUAUAUUUGGUGCCUUGAACAAGGUUAGCGAAGAUGGCAACACAGGGUACUAUUACUUCAUCUUGCUUUGGGUUGACAAGAAUGCUCCAAACACCACGGAGGAGAACCCCAACUGGACUGUUGGGGCGACCAAGGAGCAGCUCGCUGCCUUUGCUCGUGAGAAGACGAAGGCGUAUCCAAAUCACCUCCGAGAGCUUGUUGACAAAGUUCCCAUCGAAGGAUACAGCAGCCCUGGGUUUCAACUCCAGGGCGUACAAAUGACCGCUGAACAACUACCUGCCGGAAAGGUCGUCGUCAUCGGCGAUGCAGCUCAUUCUAUGACACCUUUCCGUGGUGAGGCCGGUGUCUGCGCCUUUACGGAUGCGCUGAAGCUCGGACGGACCCUUACCCGUGUGCGAGAUACCGCUGCCAAAGGUGAUGAUCUGAAGCAGCUUGUCACGGAGUUCCGUGACGACAUGCUCUCACGUGGUAAGUGGGCUAUCGAGGUGUCCAAUCCCGUCCUGGAGGACUACGGCCGUGUACCCGAUUACAAGUUUGGAACCUUCGGAAAGGAAGCCGUGCCACUGCCAGAGGAGGGUGUUUCCGUUGUUGCCGUGCAGUAG